UAAAGUGCGUGUAAUCGAUGGUUGCUACGGAAACAUCGUCUCUUGACACAUGAUACUAUUCGAUCUUUUCGAGAAAUUGUUCUCGAUUUGAUUUUUACUUUCGAUUAUUUGUCAGCCAAUCAGAUGCGUUUUACCAUUGUAUCGAACUUUUAGUCGCGGGAUUGAUUCUCGAACGUAAUGACGCAUUAAGAAUUUCGUUCGUUCGUUUCGAAUUUAAUUCGGAAAAGUGAAAAUUUUUCGUGAAAAGUGUUGCGUAGAAAAGAUCAACGAUUGAAUAUAAGUGAAAUAUUCGCAGAUGACGAUUCCUCGUAACAAAAUACGUUUUAUAUUCGUGAUAUUACGUCGUUUAGUGGUAAACAGCUGCUCAAGUGAAAUCUCUGUGAAACAUUUCAAAAAAUUAUGUGCCCAAUGGAAGUAAAUACUUCGUCAAUAUAACGAGGAAUCGAGCAUGCGAUAGAUUUCCAUUUUCUAGUGUCGAUUUUACAAUAAAUGACGGUACAUUGUGCGCGUGAACUGUGAAGUGACUUAUUUUGAGAACGAGAAAGUACGUUCGGUCGGGUGUGCGAGUGGACCCUUCUGUGUUUACAUACGUUUUGUCGUGUUCGGUGUGUUUAUCUAUGUUCCUGUAGCGGAUCCAUUUUAACCAUGGAGGAGUACGGAAUGAAAUUGUUAUCAAUGAAGCUGAUCCUAAUUUUCUUCUUCGUUUCUACUCCAGUCAUCGUAAAAGGCGAAGGGGGACAGUAUUUUCGCGUGAGGCCGAGAAACAGCUCUGUCCAGGAGGGCCGUGACGUAACAAUAUCUUGCGAAGUUGGAAACAGAGUUGGGAUCGUGCAGUGGGUGAAAGAUGGCUUCGCCUAUGUCAUACAAUCGAAUGGAGAAAUCGUGGGGCAUCCGCGAUUAAGAUUAAUAGGCGAUCAGAGCACAGGAGUUUACAAUCUUCAGAUCACGCAGGCUUCUUUGACCGACGAUGGGGAAUAUCAAUGCCAAGUUGGACCAUAUUUGCGCAUUAAAUCGAUCCGUGCCAACGCUCAUCUCACCGUCAUCUCGCCGCCGCAGAAAGUGGAGAUCAGCAACCAUCCGAACAAGAAGAAGAUCGAGGUGAAGGUUGGAGAAUCUCGUCGUUUGGAAUGUGUGGUACGAUCUGCGAAACCUGCAGCCACGAUUACCUGGUAUCGUGGAAACAUUCAGAUCAAAGGGGGUGAAACGUCGACUACACCGAUUUCCAUCGAGGGUGACAAAGAAGUACAAAAGCCAGGUGAGAACAAGAAGGAAUUACUCAAGUACGACACCCACGGUUCCAUCAUCAUUGUUCCCACUGCUGAUGACAACGACAUGGAUUAUACUUGCGAAGCUAAUCACCCUGCAUUACCCUACAGUAUGCCUUUAAGAGCAACCAUCAAACUUUCUGUUUUCUAUCCACCCACCAUGCCGUACAUCGAAGGUUACACCGAGGGUGAGACCGUGAAACGUGGACAGCAAUUGGACCUGACCUGCCGAUCUCGCGGAGGAAAUCCACCUCCCCAAAUAUUCUGGUACAAGAACAACGAAAGGAUCUCAUCACCCUACAGGAACGAGGGCCACUUCUCUGAGAACGUGUUGUCCAUUACUGCAAAAGCGCAAGAUAAUAAUGCGAGAUAUAGAUGCGAGGUAUUCAAUAUCAUGAGCGUGGAACCUUUAAAAGUGCACGUGGAUCUGACUGUACUUUUCGCGCCAUCCGGAGUGACGAUCACCGGGCCAACAGAAGCGAAAGCCGACGAACAAGUGGUGAUCACCUGCACCACGGAGAACUCGAAUCCUCCCGCGGAUAUCAAGUGGACAGUGGACGGUCACAAUUUCGAGAGCAACGCUUCUAGAACGGAGCCAGCUCCCGAAGGUGGUUGGAUCACCACGUCCAACGUAACGUUCAACAUAAAUCGCACCAGUCGCAGUAUAGUCGUGAUAUGCGACGCGUCUAACGUGAAACUGACCGAGAACGUCGUCAGAACCCACACCAUAACCGUGAUUUAUCCACCGUCGAAACUUAGUAUCACCGGCUACGAGGAAGGAACGACGAUUGACGCAGGAACGGUACUGAGAUUGUUGUGCACCGCAACUUCUGGAAAUCCACUCGCCACGUUGAGUUGGUACAAGAAUGAUAGAAAGGUACCAGGAACCACGAGAACGCGAGACCAUGCGGUUUCAAGCGAGUUAACGAUACUCAUAAAUGCAUCUGACAAUAAUGCGCGCAUACGAUGCGAAGCAGCGAAUUCCGCAACACAAAUUCCCCUGCUCAAAGUGCUCGUCUUGAAAGUUAAUUUUCCGCCUGAUAAAGUCAAGAUCACCCGUGAGCCGCAGAAUCUGCACGCAGGCCAAGAGGGUCGUAUCAUUUGCGAAUCGAGCAGCAGUAAUCCGGCGGCGGAAAUGUCGUGGUGGAAGGGCGGGAUCCCGGUGCAAGGUACCAAAAAUGGCACUAAGCCCGGCUUACAUGGGGGAUUUCUAUCGUUCGUCGAGCUCUCGUUGGACGUAACGGAAGAAAUGAACGGGGAAGUGUACACGUGUCAAGAGAACAAUCAAAUGGACAGGUCUAUUCACGACGCUACUACGCUCGACGUAUUGUAUAAGCCAAUAUUCUCCUCAAUAGAGCCUUACGAGUUAAUUGGAAUGGAAGGCGAACCUUUCGUGAUUUCCGUUUCAGCUAUGGGAAAUCCUAACGAGAUAAGUUAUACGUGGACUAGAGAUGGUUUGCCUCUGGUCAGUAAUAACAGAAGAAUAUCUGUUCGUGCUUCUACGUUAAAUAUCACUAAACUGGAUCGUCACGAUGCCGGAACUUAUAUCUGUGAAGCCACUAACGAAGAAGGCACGACAUUUUAUCAAUUGAACUUAACUGUUCAAUAUUCAGCAAAGAUUAAACGCACCUCAACUUCGGGGAUAGUAUAUUCUCCCGGAAUCGAAGCGAAAUUGUUCUGCGAAGUGGACGGUAGUCCCAUAGGAGACGAAUAUGUCACGUGGCAGAAAGUUGGCUCAAAUUCGGAACUUUCCGGUCGAUAUUCCACCUCUUUCAUCAAUAAAACUUCUUAUCUGCACAUCGAGAAUCCUGAUCAAGAAGAUGUUGGAGAAUAUCAGUGCAAAGUUAACAAUGGAAUUGGCAACGUCACCUCUGAACCUAUUCUUUUCAUCACAAACUUUAAACCACAAAUGAUGAAUACACCAUUGACGAGAAGAGCAGCAGCAAACAAAGGAGCAAACGUUCAAUUGUUAUGCAAAGCAAGAGGCUCGCCUUUACCUCGAUUCUCUUGGACAUUUAAUGGAAAAACAUUGCUUCCUAAUGUCACGGAACAUAAAUACGGAAUUACGCACACUGAUUUAAGCGAAUUAAUUUCUAAUUCGACGCUGAUCAUUUUCCGCGUGACAUCGCACGAUUACGGAAAAUACGAGUGUCGUGCAACGAACAAAAUGGGUCAAUCGACGGAUAUGAUACAUCUAGAUGUGACGUCGCCGCCGGACAAACCUAGCGAUCUUGAGGUGUUCAACGUCACCCACGAUUCUGUCACACUGGUGUGGAAAAGAGGAUUCGAUGGUGGUUUGCCAACCUCCUAUCAGAUACGUUGGAGGCAGGCUCUCGAUUACGAGCAUCGAUACCACUAUCUGGAUGUAUCGGCAGGAGAAUAUAAAACCACGAUAACAGGAUUGUCCCUUGGGACGUACUAUGUGUUCAGCGUGAAAGCUAUCAAUGAGAAAGGGGACAGUGGCUUUCUACCUGACUUGGUUAAAGUUCAAACGCUCCGGGAGGCACCACCUACCGACGUGACAUCCAGCGAGAUUAAUUCUUCCUACAUCAUCGUCAUUAUCAUCACUGUUUCCGCCUCUGUUUGCCUACUCAUUGCUGCGCCCAUAGUCUUUGCUACAUUAAAAUCGAAAAAGAAGGCCCAACGUUCCGGAAUAAACAAAUCGCAAACAGCGGAUAUGUAUGCGCCAUCAACCGUGAAUGGAGACACCAUGACCGGCGAAUUAAGUUCGGUAUCGGACGAGAAGAGCGACGUUAACUUCGACACUAAUGAUUACGUGGACGAGGGACGAAAGACCGCAGCUAGCACGUAUUUAAUAGAUCAAACAAUGCAAGAUUUUGGAAAAGGGAAUAUGGAAAUGCAGGUACAUCAUCAAGGAACACUUGGUCGCCGUGGCAACCACAUUCAACCUCCGAUAAGCAUGGAUUCACCGCCACAGCGAACGACAGCCAGUGGAACACUUUCUGUUUCGAAGUCGAGUUACAUCGGAAACCCUAGUCCGGCACCGCCAAACGACGUGAACUUCUACAGUGUGGAGAUCGACAAUGGCCGUUAUAUGGGAUAUGAAACGAAUCACAGUCCAGUGGUGGGUGAUCCAGGUUCAGGUAGUUAUUAUCCAUCCAUGAGUCCCACUGGACAUAUGCUUUCAAGUCAUGUGAGUAGCGGGACAGGCACGUUAACACGCAGCAGAACCUUACCACGUCCAGUCCCACCACCGGAUGUGACUGUGAUGACUGCUGGAUCAAAAUCGCCGAUACCACCGUCGGUACCUCCACCACCUACCACGUUUGCUCGGUCGGUAUCCAGCAACGCGCACACUCAUGGUCAUCCAUUGUCGACUUUCACUCCCACGCCAGCCUAUUCCGAUAUUGAUGGCCAUCUUGUCUGAGGAUCGCCAAUAUUCGGCCCUAGUUCGGUGCGUGGAAAGUAUCGUGCCGUACCGAGGGACGAGACUAUCAUCGUGACAGAAAGAACCACCCGGCUCUAAUAUACAUCUUGAUCUGUGGCUGUCGAAUCAUGGAAUUCUUUCACGAAUCUUCGGCCUUCGUUCAUCGUUUUCGACAUCUCACUGAGCUAUAUAUAUAUGGUUAUGUCAGUUUGAUAUCGUUCGAGGACGUGAAACAGAAUUUUUUUGAUGAAAUUGUGCGAUCAUAAAGAGUUUGUGUGGGUGCUUCGACGACUUUCUCAUACACAUUAUCCUCCUUGAACAUAAAAGAAAGUAAUAGAAGUAUGUAAAUAGAAACAAAGGAAAAGAGGAACCGAUGUUGCGGUUUCUAUACGUAAUUUUUAAGUAGCAUGCGGUAACACCGUUUGCAAUAUGCAAUAUGCAUUCCUUAUAUGCUGGUUUCAUUAGUUUUUCUGCGAACAUAAUUAUCAAAUACGUACCUCGACUUGGAUCUUAUGAUAGAUCGUAUAAUUACGUUUUUCGCAUAUCACAUUUUAAAAAGAACGAUUGAUACUUGUGAACAACCCAUUGGAAUCAACUCUGAAGAUAUUUUCGUGAUACCACAGUUAGCAUGCUGUCAGUGAUUUAUUCGAUUUGUUUUUACUAUUUCUUUCUGUGGUUUUUGAUUGCGCUUAUUUACGCACUUUUACUUAAUUGUGACGACUUCAUAGUGAUGUAAAGACUUACAUGAUCCAUCGUGUGAAUUAAAUGGAAAUCGACGAAUUUGUGGAUGGAAGAAACUCAUCUGAGAAUGUUCAUCCUAGUGAGCACAAAGGUAUGAUCAGGUUAAGUUGCAUUUUGCUGAGUUAAUAUCAUUAAAUGAUAAACUCAUGCGAUCCAACUGAUAAAUUAGAUUGUAAAUUAGAAAAAAAAGAUAUAAUAAUGAAACGAAAUAUCAGGGAAAUUCGCGAGCCGUAACAAUAUAUACACAAUUUUUAAAUUUUUUCAGAAAUACGUUAUAUUUAUGAUAUAUUCGAUCGAUGGCGCUUUUGAAAGUCGAAUUUUAAAUCUCGAUUUAAAUCGAUAAUGUUAUAUCGAAACUCUAUCGAUGCUGUUACUCUCGAUAUCAUUAUGUAAUAAUAUGCCAAAUAAUUUUUUCACUUUUUUUUAUUUUUUUUUUCUCUCUCUUUCUUUUAUGAAUGACCGUCCGUUUUGAAAUUAGUUAA